AUGUCUAUGUGUCAGGUGCCGAAUAGUAAUAACAAAUACUUCUACCUGGGAAAGAUUAUGAGUCUGGAACCUCAGGUGCCGGAUUCUAAUGACACAUACUUAUGUUUGAAACUUCCAAGUGUCAGACAUAUUCACUUCGGGAAUGUCAAAGUUUCGGUUUCCGAAGGAUUAUCUGGAGAUUCGAGUGAAGAGGGAAAAUCUGUAGUGAUAUCUCACACUGUGAAUGAGAUAGCCAUCUCAAUGUUUGAACAGUUGGCAUUUCAGUCUUUGCAAUUGAUAUGUGCUUUCUACGUUGUAGGUCUCAGUUCUAUCCACAAAGACAUUUACAAUUCUCAAACAGCGUCGAGGCAGCAAAUGCGUCAUUACGAAGAAUCUCCAACAGAUAACAUUAUGCGAUACAUUAAAGCAAGCCAAAACCGGGUCAGUCAUAAAAAUGAUCAAGGGGGGGAGCGAGAGAGGGGAGGACGGACAAAAGGGGGAUGGGGAAAGAAAAAAGAGGGGGGGCACGAAGACAGGAAGAGGAAUGGAAAGGCCAGGAGAAAGGGAGGAGAAACCGGGACGGCGGGAACGGGAAAGCGACGGGGGGCGCCCGAGGCCCGGAAGCGGGGCACGAAGGGCAAGAAGGGCAAGAAGGGCAUGAAGAAGAAGACGAAGCAGAAGAAGAAGAAGAAGCAAGAAGAAGAAGAAGACGAAGAAGAAGAAGAAGGAGAAGAAGAAGAAGAAGAAGAAGAUAGAAGCAGUAAGAAGAAGAAGAAACGAAGACGAGAAGACGAAGACGACGACGACGACGAAGACGCAGAGAAGAGGACGACGAAGAAGAAAGCAGAAGAAGAAAGAAGAAGAGAAGAAGCAGAAGAAGAAGAAGAAGAAGAAGACGAGCAGAAGAAGAUAGAACAGAAGAAGAAAGACGAGAAGAAGACGAAGGCGAAGACGAAGAUCGAAGACGAAGACGAAGAAGAAGAAGGAAGAAAAGAAGAAGAAGAAGGAAGAAGAAAGAAGAAGCGAAGACGAAAGAAGACGAAGAAGAAGAAGAAGAAGAAACAGGAAGAAGAAGACGAAGAGGAAGAAGCAGAUAGAGAGAAGAAGUAAGAAGAAGAAGCAGCAGAAGAAGAAGAGAGAAGGAAGAAAGAAGGAAGACGAAGUAAGAAGAAGAAGAAGAGAAGAAGAAGACGAAGAAGAAGCAGAAGCAGACAGAAGAAGAUAGAAGGAAGAAGGAAGGAAGAAGCGACGACGAAGAAGACGAAUAAGAAGAAGACGAGGAAGGACGUAAGACGAAGACGAAGACGAAGACGAAUACGAAGAAUAAGAGAAGAAGAAGAAUGA